AUGGAGCAAUACAAUUGCAAUUUGUGCACUGCAACUUAUAGCAACAAUAGAAACUUAUAUCGCCACAUCCGCUGCAAGCACCCGGUUGCUGUUAGUGAAAAAUUUACGUGUGUUUUGUGCGGGUAUUCCACUCCUAGAGCAGAUGCUCUAAAGCGUCAUGAGAAUGCUGUGCAUAACACAGAACGCAAAAAUAUAGUACUGUGUGCUUUAUGUGACUUUGGCAGCUCAAAUAGAAACGGAAUGCUUCAACAUUAUUCAUUGCUCCAUGAUCUAGUUAUCCGCGAAGAAAAUCAUGAAUUUUGUGAUCAGAGUAAAUUUUAUGAAUGGAAACGUGAAUUAGAAAAAGAUACUGUGAGUGAAUUUGUACAUGCAAGAGGUCAAUGUAAUAAAAGUGCGGAUGGAAGCAGCAAGUUGUAUUUUAAAUGCCACCGUGAUGGAAAUUACAGACCCCGUGGAAGCAAUAAGCAUCACUUAAAACUAAUGGGCAGUAAUAAAAUUGGUGGUCACUGCCCAUCUAGAAUGGAUGUGACACUUUAUCCAUCAUGCCGAGUGAAAGUUAUCUUUUGUAGCACACAUGUGGGUCAUCAGCAGGAGAUGGGACGUUUGAGGCUUUCGAAAUUUGAAAGAGAGGAAAUAGUAAAGAAAAUUGCUAUGAAAAUCCCGUUUGAUCACAUUCUCGACUCCCUUAGAUAUCCGAUUCAAGAUAGUGGUUUGCAGCGUCAUAACUUGCUGUCAAGAAAUGAUAUCCACAAUGUAGCACAAAGUUACAACCUGAAGUCUGAGGCUAUAAGACAUAAAAACGAUUGUACUAGUGUGGAAUCGUGGGUGAGGGAGAUGCAGGAGACAGGAUCUGUUGUCCAGUACUACAAACCACAAGGUGUUGCAUCACAAGAAUACAAUCUGCAAAAUGAAGAUUUCAUUUUAAUAAUAAUGAACGAACCUCAAAAAGAUAUGUUGGUGAAAUUUGGAGCUGAAAAAGUUGAUAGCGAACCUGAGUCCUCGGACACUGACUUGAUUGUCUGUGAGCCAGGUAGUGGCGAUAAUCAGGACAUCAUAAUAAAGGAGUUGCAAAACCCUGUCACAUUAAGACACAUUAAAAGCCUGGAACACAAACGAGAAAAGCUUUUGCAACAGUUUAAUUUAUGUUUGAAUGAAGCCACAUCUGAAAGGCAUGUGAAGUCAUCAGCAAAUGUCUGUCCUCUCUGA